AGCGACUAUUGCAUAACAUCCGCGUAGCAAUGGGAGGAGACUGGUCUACUGCGCCGUAAGAGAAGCAAAUACCAUAAAAAAGAGAAGAAGAAGUUCUGAGGUCUAUUUAGUUUUUCACAUUUUUUUAAGUUUUUAAAUUUUUUGCUACUGAAAAGUUUUUAUUGCACUUCUUUUUAGUGUUAUAUAUAGAGGACUAGUAUUGAAAAUUAAGAAGUUACUCUGAACGAUUUAUUGUAACUGGAACUUAUAUGAAUAUUCUAGAAUAUUUGCAUUUGAAAAACAAAGAGGUUCUGACAUGUCCCAGGCCCAAAGUGAUGCAAUUAAUACUGAUGAUCAAAAAUUGUCGGAUGUACCUUGCGAGGAUGAAAUAUCAAAUACUGAAGAGUCACAAUCCCAGUCUUUAUGUUUAAAGUCCAAACAUGCUGUGCCAAUUCCUGCUAGUAUACUUAUAGAAUCAUUAAUAAAAAAAUUAAUAGCAAUUUAUGAGUCUGAUCCAAAGCAAUCAUCAAUGAUGUACAAAGUUAUGUGUGAUAAAUUGUACAACAUGAACCUUCUUGGAGAAAGUUACACAAUGAGUGAAUUCGAAGGAAUUCGUAAUGAGUAUCAAAGAGUUUUCAUUCAUCUUCUGACUGCUUUCAAAAAGGGGGACAAUUCUCUACUGUUGAGUCCCAUGUGGCCGAAAGUUGAAGUACAUUCUCACUAUCACCUGGAAUUUGAGGAAGUAGAGUUCAUAGCUGGAGGAGGAUUUGGACAGAUUAAAAUACCCAAAAAAAGUCAGGAGACGAAGAUACCAGUUUUGAAAAACAGAGAUAGAAUGCAAUCAAGGGUUCUAAACGGAUUGGAGUACAUUCAUUCUAAAGGUGUUGUUCAUCACGAUAUCAAGCCUAGUAACAUAUUCGUUCAAAUUGAGCACGAUGAUUUACUGAUACAGUUAGGUGAUUUUGGAUUGGCUUGUCCCCUACAAAGUGCCCGACACAGUUUGGCUUUAGGAACAAAAUUGUAUGCUGCACCUGAGCAAAUCGCUGGAAAAUGUAAUUUCAAAAGCGACAUAUAUUCUCUGGGAAUCGUUCUGUUUGAAUUGGUUGAAAAUUUUGGAACGGAUAUGGAACGUGUUCUCAAAAUAACUGAUCUCAGAAAAGGGCAUAUUCCGUCAAAUCUCUCUGUCAAGUAUCCUGAUAUAACACAAGUUAUUAGUGAGUUGGUAGUUAGAGAUCCUGAAAAAAGACCUGAUACAACAACACUGCUGAACACUUUAAAAUCAACAGAAACUCAACAAGUGGAACAAUUGAAGGUGCAACUUGCACAAAAAGACGAAGAGAUUAUGCAUUUAAGAGAAUUGCUGAAAUCUCAUGGAAUCAAAGCAUUAUGAAAUGUGAUAUUUCAAAGUAGCAUGGAACAAAUACAUUCAAUGAUUGAUAAUUAUUUUGUUGAUGACGAUGGGAAAAUAGUUUUGCUCAUUUACUUAUUUUCCUGUUUUUUGCUUCAUUCUUCAGUUGACAAAUCAUUGUUUGAGUUAAUUAGCUUAUCUGUUAGUUGGAAAAGUAUUGACAAAUAUAAAACUUCACACGUUUUUUUUACUUACAACACCUAAACCAAUUUAAUCAGCUGCUCUAGGCCAAGUGUUGUUAUGUGAAGAGUUGUAUAAAUAAGUGUCUUUUAUUUCUGUUGAUGAGGGUGGGUGUCUAUCUAACCUUUAUCAUUUCACAUUCAGCAAAACAUUUUAUUGUGUAUUUAUUAACAAAUGAAAUUGAUCUGACAUUAUGAAUUUUGCGAUUUGUUCCUAUGUGUCGCAAUUUAACAUUGAAUAAUUGUUCUGUGCUACUUUUCUUACUUAUGUUAACUCAAGACUGAUAAAGUAAUUUGUCCUCGAGUUUGUACAAAGUGGGUUUAACUCUGACUGUAACCAUUUCUGAUUUAUAAGCCGAUUAUCAGGGAAAAUUAAAAUUUUUUAGGGGAAACAGAAAGGAAUUGAUAUUAUUCAAAUUUAACUUUAGAUGUAUCUUUAAUCACACAAGAGUUGAAAAAUUGUUUGGCGUUUUGGAAUCUGGAAUGCCUGUUAAUUGGCUUAUUGCCUUCGGUCAAUGAGUUUGAAACAAUUUUUUAGUUAGUAAUUAUUAUUUAUUUAUGUGUUCCAAGUUUUCUAGAACACUUAGUUCUAAGUAGUCUGUCUAGGAGUAUCCAAUUUUAUUAUAUGGAAACAGACAUGGAAAAUGCGCCUUUUGCAUUUUCUCUUGUUACUGAUUGUAAGAAAUCAAAAGUGAUAUUUUCUAUGAAAUUUGUACUGUUUUUUUGAAUAAACCAUUUUUGACUUUU